AUGGAUGUGUCUUUUACAAACGUAUUGGAGGGGGCGCGUCAAUAUUUUCAGGGGCUACCGUCAGCGAGCGCGGCGGACGGCCCCUAUUUCCAGCAAAGCGUGCCGCAAGAACGACCGUCGAGCCAGCUGCAACAAAUCAACCAUCAACAACAAAACAUCCAUCAGCAACAGCCAAGCAACCAUCAGCAACAGCAGAGCAAUCAACAGCAGCAACAAAUCAACCACCAUCAACAGCAAAGUAAUUAUCAGCAACAGCAGAGCAAUCAACAACAGAUCAACCAUCAGCAGCAGCAACAGACCUAUUACCAGCAAAAUAAUGAUCCGUAUUCGGCUAGUAUGGCACCAGCAGCGGCCACAGGAUCUGUCAACCAUUGGAUUCAGCAACAUAGUCCCUCGGAAGCGAAUAGGCCACCUCCAAGGGAAAGAACUCCAGUUCAACGACCACCAUCGUCGCACAGUUCUGCGAGUUCACGACCCCCAUCCCAUUCAUCCCAGUACCAAGACGUUUCACGACAAUAUUCAAGUCCGUACCCACCGCAAGGGCCGGACCUGCAACCUACCGCUCACAUGCCGCAAGCCUCGUUUCAAUUCUCGAGACCCCAAUCACGAGAUUUACUUUCAAGUCACCAACAGCAACAGCAUAAUGUUACCAAUUCAACAUAUCAUCAACCAGUCUCGCCACAGAUACCCAGGCCAUCAUCCAGGGAACAGUUAAUAUCAACAAGGCAAUCUUACCAGCACACAUCGUCAGCUAGUUAUAGCCAAAACCAAUAUAGCUAUCAUCAGUCUCGACCGAAUUAUGCUACUCCGCAACCCCAAUCAGUAACAGCCAAAUCCACUAACAGUUACCUUCCUCCUCAAGUUCCACAAGCUUCCCAACAACAAACGUAUUAUAAACAUAGUAUGCCAAGUAUGUCAAUGAAGCAAACUAGCUAUCAACUGGAAGGACGAGAAGCAACUAUUCAAAGUAAUAACACUCAAAGUAAUGGUCAAUAUCAAACUCCAACUAGUAACGAAAAGGCUUAUAAGACUACUCACAAUCUUCCUCCUAUUGCAAGCUAUCGUCCUACGAAAAUUUCAAAUUCUGCUAAAUCUGUUCUACCUCGCGCCAAAGUACCUUCAUCAACAUCUUUUGCAACAAGUAUAUCUCAACCUCCAACGCAUCCUUCAACAAUUCAGCACAGUAAAGUUAGAUCUGACCCCUACUCCCAGGCACCAAAUACCCACCAUACCAUGUAUAAUCCUGCUAAUAGCCAAAAACUAAAUCAGCAAGUAACAACUGUAAUUACACAAACAUAUACCAAUGUUAUAAUGACACCAUCGAAUUCCACUAACUACAACAGUUCUAGUAAUCAAAAUCCUCCUAUGACGUAUCAAAGAACUAAACUGGAAAAUGUACAAAAUAUGCCUAAUAGUCAGCCAAUUCAAAAUAUGAAUUAUCCAAAACAAAAUCCAAUAGACAAUAGAACAAAUACGGUACUAAAUAUGUCGAAUACCUCUGUUAUUAAGCAAAGAAAAGAAAGUCCAUUGGAUUUAUCAGUCAAAACUGUACGAACGACAGCUGACUCUACUGAAAAUGAAGCAGCAAAAAUGAAAUAUGGACAAAAUAAAUUGCAAAACGUAGUCGCGAGUCAUAAUUACCCUACAUUAGAUAUUGAAAGAAGCUUCAAUCAAAGAUCUCAGUUAUCAACUGCCACAGCACCCAAAGUGGAAUUCCAUCCUAAUUUUAAUCUAUCUUCGAGACAUUCCAGUUGGAAUCCCCCUAGAGCCACAGAGGAUUCUGGACAAAAUCGCAUUUCUCAAGAAACACCUCCAGCACGUGCCAGCUCUAAAUACAAUAGUAAACAAAUGGUUUAUCACCAACUUACACCCCCAAAUAGCCGAUAUCCUAGUAUGCCAGACCAAUACUACCAAACAAAUACUCAAAAGCCUAAUGAUUACAAUGGUGGUACUCAAAAAUUGUUACAAACAUAUCCAUAUGAGGCACGCGAGCUAACAGCGAAACGGCCAGGUCAGGUAGAAUCUCCAGCGAUUCCAAACAAAAUAGCUAAGGUAGAAAAUUGGCGGGAAUCUAUCAACCUUCAAAUUGAAGAAAAGUUACAAUCACAUUACAAACAACAAAUACAAGGUCAGCAGCCCUCGCACCCACAGCGUGUGCAACAGGUGCAACAGCAGCAUAAAGCCAUUGAAGAACCUAAAACUGUUUUAGUUAAUGGAAGUUAUUCUCAUGUUAACCCAAACCACAUGUACAACUAUCCAAAAUAUAGCCAACCAAAUCAACAAGCAGCUUAUAGUUUACCCAAUGAUCCUUACCAACAUAUAAAGUAUAGCCAAAGUUAUGUGCCUUCAUCUGUAAAUCAUCAUUAUCCUUCUUAUUAUAAUGCUCCCAAUAAACAAACUCAAAACCUGUAUGCAAACCCUGCUGCUGCAAGGCCUAAUAAUUCAAGUCCUUCCUUGUUAAAUAUGGUCAAGCCUAGCGCGGCUGCUGGCGCAGAUAAAAGAGUUUUAAGUCUGCUUAGGAAUAGUAUUGAAAUUAAAGAACAAAAGAAAAUAGAACAACAAAAAUCAUUGGAUGUUCCUAUUAGUCAUAGAACUGACAUACAGCAUCCUAGUAUGGAUGUUACAGCUCCAUUGCAACCUAAACCUGGCAUUGAUAGGAAUAAUAUUUCUCCUUUUACUCCCAUUAGUGUACCUGAUCCAAAUAUAUGCAAAAUGCCACCAAAAAUUAUAACAUCUGAAGAACCACGUAUAAUCCAAGACAUUGGCCUAAUUAACAAGGCCCAUAACGAUGAAAAUACGGUUAUUAUGCAUAAUAAUGCAAAUAAUGAUUAUGAUGGCUUAGCAGCCUUUUUGGCGGCUCGAAUUCGAACCAAAGGAGAACUCAAGGAGGUUUCGCAUACACAAAAUGCGAAUAAUAACGCGGCUCGUGAUGCUAGAAUACAAGCAUUUUUAGAAGACACAAUUAAAUCGCCAAACAGACCAAAUAUGCUAAUUUCGAGUUCUUCCAGCCUCUCUAGUACAAAUGCAAGUCCACCCAAAUUACUAAAAGAAAGACAAGGUGCUUUCGCACCAAGAAAGAGAUUGUUUAGCCGAAAUGAGGAAGAUAUUGCAAAGCACGAGGGUCCUUUGAGGGAGAAAUCAACAUUGAGAAGUUCGUCAGAAACGUCCGUUUUUGAUUUUCCAGAUUCUGAGGAUGAAAAUGAAAUGCCUGUGCUAGAAAGGCAGACUUUGGAUGCAAUGAGAAAAGAUCGGCGAAAUUCAUUAAAACAAUCUUCUGCGCCUCUGCUUUCGUUAGAUGCAGAUGUAAAAAUAGAGGCGUUUGAGUCAUCUUCUAGAGCCCCUAGCCCUGAUGAUGAUAUAUUCGGAUCAAUCUGUGAUAAAUUUGUGGAACAAUUGAAAUGCAAACCUACAAGAAGAGUGAAGAGGAUAACAGAAUCGAAACUAGAUAUAAAAACAGAACCACCUGAACUAUCAACUGACUUGCAACUGCCGCCUCCAGAUAUUAAAAUCAAAAUUGAACCUGUAGAAGAGGGAUCUUCGGCUGUGGCAAAACAAGUUAAUAUUCCAAAAGACACAAAUUGUCCUUUGGAGACUGCCAAUAGUAAGUCUGAUGGUAUGGAAAAAUCUAAUAGUAGUCUAAUUGAGACAAUCCUCAAAAAUGAUAGUGAGUCGGAUAGUGAAAAUAAGUCAGGUUCAAUAGCUAAACAUAAACAUCGAGUGAAACGCAGAAUUUUAUCUUCAAGUGAUAGCAAUAAUGGAGUUAAAUCAACAGCUGUAGAGGACGAAAAGGGGGACAAUGAACAAAAAACUAGUCAUAUUGUUGAAGGUAAAAGCGAAGAGACAACAAAAGAUAAAGAUUCAAGUAAAGAUGAGACAGCAGAUUCAAAAAUCAGGUCUGAGAAACCGGAAAAAGUUGAAGCUGAAGCUUCAAAAACUGCUAAAGAAUCUAUCGACAGCCCCUCUAAAGAGUCUGAUUUGGUGGGUGGGAUAAAGCCAGUAAAAAAGCCGAAUUUCGGAGAUGGUUCGCAUUUUUAUCCAGGAUGGGAAGAAGGUGUUUAUAAGUAUAAAAAAUCGUUAAGAAUGCCGCCUAGUUUAAUACAUCUUACAAGGCCACCAAUGAGAUUAUCGACUUCAUUGCCUGAUCUAGAUCCGUAUCCUCAGUCCCCUACCACAUCAAUAAUAACCGAUGCAGAAUCAACCACUGACAAUAAAAAACUUUUGAAAAAAUUCAAAUCCGAACCUGUCGAUAGCGAUAGUGAAAGUACAAGUAGCUUUAAUGUGUUUAGUAGAAAGACUAAUUAUGAUUCUGAGGGUUCUUCCUCAAUUAAAAGCCUUCCAAAUACGAGGAAAGAGAAUUCGUCUAUUUUAGAUAAAUUAUUAGAAAAGUGUGGUGGCAGAAAAAAGAGAAAAAACAAAAAAAAAGAUGAUCAUACAUUAAAAAUUGUACAAAAAGCAGAUAAUAUUGUUGAACUUUUACCAACACCAACUCCUGGUAUAGCAGUUGCAAGUAAAUCGCCAGAAAAAUCAAAAGGACUUACUUCUCCAGUUAUUAAUGCUAAAUCUGCUGUUCUAUCUUUUAGAAAGGACACUGUAAGCAAUUUCAAGGAUGCUUUUAUAAAUGGCGGGAACAAUUUACUUGCAGUUCAUGAUAAAUUUACAACUAUAGUUUUAUCAUCAAGAACCAGAAAAGAAACAAGAGCAAUGAAACAAAGAGCUACAAUCAAAGAAGUAUUUGGAGAAGAUCGACCUGCAUCAGCUCCACCAAGUUGUGUUAACGAUAUGGAGGAAUCCCAAAAGUUAUUUAAUACACCUGAACCAUUUUCCAAAAACUUGGAAGAAAUAUUAAUCAAAAAAGAAAAUGUAAAGGAAUUAAUUUUAACUGAGGAAAAAUCAAAUAUAAGUGAAAAAAUUAUACAGAAGGUGCAAGCAAAAGAACCAAUUACUAUAGAAAUUAAAAAAGAAAUUAUUGUUGAAGAUGAUGAUGAAAAUAAAAAACUUAGUGACUUGGUAAUUAAAAAAGACCCUGAUACUUUUUCUGAAACCAUGUCGUUAGACGACGAUGAUGCAGGACUGACUGGCAAACGGAAAUACAAAUACGGAAAAAUGAGAAGGAAAUUCAGCUCAGGAUUUGAUUACAUUAGAAAAAAGAAGAAAAUUAAGAAAGAAGAAACUGACACAAGUGUGGAAAGGAAAAAGAAACGGUCCCAGCCAGCUAAAGCUCCAGAAUCAAUCGACGAUAUACAGAAAGAAAUCAAAACUUGGGUGCUAAACAAAGGAAUUGGGGAAACGCAUUUACAUCGGGCUGCAAGAUUGGGAUAUGAGGAUAUCACUGCAUAUUGUUUGGAAAAAAUGCACUGUCCGCCUGGUCCCAAGGAUAAUGCAGGCUAUACUCCUUUGCACGAAGCUUGCGCUAGGGGCCACUUAGAAAUAGCAAAGUUGCUUUUGAAAUACGGUGCCAAUGUUCAUGAAUCUGCAAAGGGUGGAAUAAGGCCGCUGCACGAAGCUAUGGAAAAUGGAUUUGUGGAGAUUGUGAGACUGUUGCUAGCUUAUGGCGCUGAUCCAGUUCUGGCUACGUAUGCUGGUUCAACACCCUUAUCUUUGGCUACUGAUGAUAAUGCUAAAACGUUACUCAAGGGCCAUUUGACUGAUAGAGAUGGAGAAUGUGGAUCGCCUUGGCAUUUCAAUGGACCAGCAUCAUGUUUUGAUCCAGAAGAAUCAGGAUAUGACGUGCUGCACCACACACCACAAGAGAACUCCGAAGCGGAGCUUGAAGACAUCGAAAUCGAAAUGUCAGAAGCUCUUCUACCCAACCUCUACAGUUUACGGGGUGAUCCCCCUACAGAACGAUGGAUUCUAUUGCAAGAUUUAUCAAACUGCCUCAAAAUCAAAUCACGCGACGCGUUAUUGAAACAACUUGCGCCUCCUACAUCAACAGUACAAAAAUCAAAUAAAAACUUGAUUAGGGAACUUAAAAUGUCGGACUUUUUGGAGCAAGCGCAUUGUUGCCAGUUUUUAAAUAUGGGUGAGAAAAUAAACGCGAGAGCAUCGAAGAUAGCUCUAGUGAAAUAUACGGACAGAGUGAAAGAACUGUUAGGUAUUGAAAUGGCCUCUAUAACGGCUAGGUGA